CUGCAUCUUCAACUUCUUCUACUGCUGCUUCUUCCGCUUCUUCUGAUACUACUACUUCUUUUUCUUCUUCUUCAACUCCUUCUUUUGCUUCUGUUUCUACUAAUACUUCUUCUGCUCCUACGUUUUUUGAUACUAACUAUUCUAAUUCUGUUAAUUCUUUUACUACUACUACUAUUGUUUUGCCUACUUAUGUUUCCCCUGAUUCUUCUACUGCUUUAUUGACUGCUGCUUCUUCCAAUACUACUACUACUUCUUCUUCUUUAACUCCUUCUUAUGCUUCCAUUUCUACUAAUACUUCUUCUGCUCCUACAUUUUUUGCCAUUAACUUUUCUAAUUCUACUAAUUCUUCUAUUACUACUACUACUAACUUUACUUUUCCUUCUUCAUCUUUUGCUGCUAAUGAUUUAAAUACUUCUUUGUUUGCACAAGCUAGUCCCAUUUCCAACAAUAUAAAAAAUCUCCUGAGACAAAGUUGA